GCGGCGGCGGCGACGCUGGCGGCGGCGGCGCGGGGCAUGGUCCCCGGAUCCGAAGGCCCGGCCCGGGCCGGGGGCCUGGUGGCGGACGUGGUGUUCGUGAUCGAGGGGACAGCAAACCUGGGGCCGUACUUCGAGGAGCUCCGCAAGCACUACCUGCUGCCCGCCAUAGAGUACUUCAACGGGGGACCGCCUGCAGAGACGGACUUCGGGGGCGACUAUGGUGGAACCCAGUACAGCCUUGUGGUGUUCAACACAGUUGACUGCGCCCCAGAGUCCUACGUACAAUGUCACGCUCCUACCAGCAGCGCCUAUGAGUUUGUCACCUGGCUCGAUGGCAUCAAGUUCAUGGGUGGUGGUGGUGAGAGUUGCAGCCUCAUUGCUGAGGGUCUGAGCACAGCCCUGCAGCUGUUUGAUGACUUCAAGAAGAUGCGUGAACAGAUUGGCCAGACACACCGAGUCUGUCUCCUCAUCUGCAACUCGCCCCCGUACCUCCUGCCUGCUGUGGAGAGCACCACAUACUCGGGCUGUACAACAGAGAGCCUGGUGCAGAAGAUAGGAGAGCGUGGCAUCCACUUCUCCAUCGUGUCUCCGAGAAAGCUGCCGGCCCUUCGGCUUCUGUUCGAGAAGGCAGCUCCUCCUGCCCUGCUAGAGCCAUUGCAGCCACCAGCAGAUGUAAGCCAGGACCCGAGGCACAUGGUGCUGGUGCGAGGGCUCGUGUUGCCCGUUGGUGGCAGCUCAGCCCCAGGCCCUCUGCAGUCCAAGCAAGCAGUCCCCCUGCCAACAGCUCCACCCUCAGCUGCCACACUCUCAGCAGCUCCCCAACAGGCUCUGCCCCCUGUCCCACCACAGUACCAGGUCCCCGGGAACCUCAGUGCUGCUCAGGUGGCUGCGCAGAACGCUGUGGAGGCUGCCAAGAACCAGAAGGCUGGGCUGGGCCAACGCUUCUCACCCAUCAACCCUCUCCAGCAAGCUGCUUCAGGAGUGGGACCCCCCUUCAGCCAGGCUCCAGCACCCCCACUGGCUUCUGGGCCCCCUGGAGCCCCAAAGCCACCUCCUGCUUCUCAGCCUAGCCUAGUGUCCACAGUGGCCCCUGGACCAGGCCUGGCACCCCCUGCGCAGCCUGGGGCUCCUCCUAUGCAGGCAGGCACUGUGGCCCCAGGUGGGGUCAGUGGUCCUACACCAGCCCAGCUUGGGGCUCCUGCUCUUGGUGGGCAACAGUCAGUGACUAACAAGCUCCUGGCCUGGAGUGGGGUCCUCGAGUGGCAGGAGAAACCCAAGCCUGCAUCUGUGGAUGCUAACACCAAGCUGACGAGGUCUCUGCCUUGCCAGGUCUAUGUGAACCAUGGAGAAAACCUGAAGACUGAGCAAUGGCCCCAGAAACUGAUCAUGCAACUCAUCCCACAGCAGCUGCUGACUACCCUGGGCCCUCUGUUCCGGAAUUCGAGAAUGGUCCAGUUCCACUUCACCAACAAGGACCUGGAGUCCCUCAAAGGCCUCUAUCGCAUUAUGGGCAAUGGCUUUGCGGGCUGUGUGCACUUCCCGCAUACAGCCCCAUGCGAGGUGCGCGUGCUCAUGCUCCUGUACUCGUCUAAGAAGAAGAUCUUCAUGGGCCUCAUCCCCUAUGACCAGAGCGGCUUCGUCAAUGGCAUCCGCCAGGUCAUCACCAACCACAAGCAGGUCCAGCAGCAGAAGCUGGAGCAGCAGCGAGGGAUGGGGGCACAGCAGGCACCUCCAGGCCUGGGCCCCAUUCUGGAGGACCAAGCGAGGCCCCCGCAGAAUCUACUACAGCUCCGUGCAUCACAGCCCCAGCCUCAGGGUGCUGUGGGAGCCUCUGCAGCUACAGGGCAGCCCCAGCCCCAAGGUACUACCCAGGCCCCCACAGGGGCACCCCAGGGUCCUCCUGGAACAGCCCCGGGCCCACCUCCUUCUGGACCCAUCCUUCGGCCUCAGAACCCUGGGGCCAACCCCCAGCUUCGGAGCCUCCUCCUUAACCCACCACCGCCCCAGACUGGGGUACCACCCCAGGCCUCCCUCCACCACCUGCAGCCUCCAGGCGCCCCCGCACUGCUGCCACCACAUCAGAGCCUGGGGCAGCCCCAGCUGGGGCCGCAACUCCUGCACCCUCCAACUGCCCAGUCUUGGCCCGCACAGCUUCCCCAGCGGGCGCCACUGCCAGUGGCCAAACGAAAGAGAGAAGGAGAGGGUCGCGUGUUUCGAGAAAAAUGGGAGCGAGACUAUUUCUUUGUGGAAGUGAAGAGCAUUCCUACGUGCUUAAUAUGCAAAAAAAACGUGUCAGUGCUGAAAGAGUACAACCUGAAGCGCCACUAUGAGUCCCAGCACAGUAAGAGCUACAGCCAGUACACAGCGCAGAGCCGCGACACGCUCCUGCAGGAGCUGAAAAGGGCCCUCAGAGCCAGCGAGGCACUGGAGACCCAGGACUAGGAGCCAUGGAGUGCUGUGGAAAGGACUCCCGUGUCUUGAAGAAGUCCAUCCUCAAGGCUGUCCUGUGAGUCUGACAAGCUUUUGCAGGCUUAAAUGCACAGGAGUCAGAGGCCUUAUGGAUCCGCUUGCCUGAGCCACAGCUGUGGCUGUUCAAUGGCUGCGCAGAAACUCCGACCACGUGGUUAGCUCUGUUUAUCAGUGGUGGUGGUGAUCUCCAUGCAAGUGAGGAAGUCUGUGAGGUGGCACCAAGCCAGCCCCUCACUUUGAAGUGGCUCUUGUUCAUGCACACUCAUCAGAAUCCAUAAGCACAACUAUAGUCCCAUCCUGGAGAUCGGGCUGUCCCAUACCUCCAUCCCAAGUGACACUGUUUGUAAGGACCCAGGUCAGGUCCUAGACUCAAUAACCAGGAAUUGAGACACUCUAAGAAACACCACGACGCCUUGACUCUGGCUUUCCUGUACUUGAACUGAGCCGAUCGCCUGAGACGAGGAUGUGCAGGAGACCCAAACUGGCAUGUAUGGUUCACUUCACAGUGUGCAGAGCCCUGUCCUGGUUCCCUGAAGGUCAGUUAGACACUUCUGGUUGAGGCUCCCACCCUUCUGAACACUGAGUCCGUCUUAGAAGGGGUAUUUACAAACAGCUCCUGAAUGUAUGACUGCGGGGUGGUCCUCGCAGAUGGAAGCCACUGGCAAGGAGCAGUGGGGCUGUCUACCCUUACUGCAGCUGGUUUCUGAAAGUGAGAGGCGGCCAGGACCUGUUACCCACACUGUGAGACCCAAGACCAAGCCCCCCCCCCCCAAGGGCCGCACACUACUUGAAGCUGAGCUGCCGCUGGCUAGCUCGCCCGUAGGGUUAUGUGAACGCAGACCCCAGUGCUGACUUGCAGGGCGCUUGCAGUUCUGCAGGAUGGUGAGGUGCCCGUGCCUCUACCCAGCAGUGUCCUGAGUGGCUGGCUGCCCACGCUUGUGACAGUCACUGUUUUCCGUUACAGACCUUAAUCGAAAAUUCCGUUUUAAGGAUCAGGGUUGAAUUCCCAUCUGCCUAUCUCUCCCAUCCAGUGCCAGUCCUGACAUCUGGGUGUAGGACGGCAGUUGUCAGCCUCCUAGCCUCCUCCGCUCAAAGGCACAAGAGAGUUACAAGAGAGAAAUUUUAAUACCUAAAUAUUUCUAUUUUUCAAUUUGUAUUUUUUCAAUUUUGAAUUUAAAGUAUGAACUCUGGUGUCAUACGUGUUUGUGUUGUAUUCCAUGCGUUCACCAUAGCUCAGUAAAGAUCCAAUUUGAUUAUC